AUGAUGGGUGUGAAGAAGAAUACAGCCCUCGACUCGGAAAACGUGCCUAACGAACUCGAAGGAUGUUACCACGUAUACUUAGAUUGUGGCUCGAAUCGUGGUGUGCAAGUUCAGAAGUUAUAUGAGCCAGAACUUUAUCCUGACGUGCCAGUUAAUACUUUCUUCAAGAAGAUCUUCGGCAAAGUCGCCAAGCGUCGCGAGGUAUGCAGUGUAGGGUUUGAACCAAACGCAAAGCACACAGAAUACCUGAAGCGUAUUGAAAGCUCAUACAACAAGUGUGGGUAUCGCACAUUUUUCAAAGUCCCUACAGGGCUAGCUGACUACGAUGGCGAGGGCAGUUACUUCUCGGACAAUUCGAAGGAGUUCUAUGAGUGGGGUGGCGGAGUGAUUGAGAAAAGGGUUACGUCAAAAGCCAACACAGGCAAAGUGGAAAUCAUACGCCUGGUGAAAUAUAUUAAGGACAUCGUUAACACCCGGGACACCGGAGCUUCUGAACAAGACCUUUUGUCAUACAAUCCUCCCAGAGUCAUGAUGAAGAUAGACAUCGAAGGAAGCGAGAAAGACGUGCUGAUUGAUAUGGCCCUUUCCGGUACAUUAGAAAUCAUUGACUUUGCUUUUAUCGAGUACCACGAUGAUCAUCUUACAGAUCCGGCGGAUCGCCAGAAAACUGAAGACGCUCGUAUGGUCGCGAAUACCUUGAGUAAAUACUCGAAAUACGAUGAAACCUACGGCUUAUCUGACGAACCAUUGCCCAAAUGUUAGUAAUGAAGCUUGCAGCGGACAACCGAGGUUUGGGUAUCGGAUUUAUUUAGGAUCCGCAGAAGAUGGUACUGAUAGGUGAAUGUCAUACCAUCGGCAAUGUUUGAGUGUCUGCCUUUCCAGGGUAAGUUUGGUCCGUUCCGCUGACAGUUGACUAUUGAACAAAUCUCCGCAUACUGUUCGACUAAACAAGUAGCCGAAAAGUACUCUUGUUUAGCCCAAUCAAUGCAAUGAGCGUUGUAUAUUAAAUCGAGAUACAAUUAGUGUGUAAUAUUAAAGAGCAAACAGUGUCCUAGGGUGGAUUCUCUGUUAUUUACAGGUACUGGGAUUCGAAGGAUGCUGUACAGAAGGUUG